CAACUGGUCGCGAAGGCCACGCAUCAUCAUAUAUAAGAGCUCAGUGGGACGGCUAUCAUCAGUCUGUCCUGAGUUGUUCGAGUGAAAGCAACACGAAUUCAAAGACACAAGCAUGGCCCGCGUCGUAGCUUUCCUCUUCCUCAUCGUAGCAGUUGCUGUCAUCGAUGCUGCGAUAAAGUGCAGUGAAAAUGAAGUAUUCACUAACUGUGGCACAACGUGUCCACCUACCUGCCAAAAUCCAACACCUAAAGUCUGUACACUGGCCUGUCUUCCUGGAUGCGAAUGUGUAGAGGGAUAUGUACGAAAUACGGCAAAUGAGUGUGUACUUACGCAAAAUUGCUAAUCCGUCAGAAAAAUGAUUUUCGAACGAGUACAGGAUUUCUAAAAUAAUACAUGAAUCCAAUCGAUCUUUAAUUGAAAGUCUUUUCGUAGAUUGGUGACACAAAUGUUUACAUACAAAUGUUUACAUACAUAACUUGUUACACAAAUGUUUAAAGUUGUUUACUGAAAAAUUAUAUUACUCAUGUAUUACUGAAUUGUUUAAUUUAGUAACAUUGACAAACUACAUUUCAUAUUUUUAAUAAAAAAUGUUUAAUGUUUAUAAAA